AUGCCAAUUCCCAUGGCGAUGCCCCAUCGCUCCUUCUCCUCAACCCCAAUCGACAUGCAGUCCCCAUUCAGCUACUCCGACUCCUUCUCCUCCUACUCUUCCUCGCCUGGAGGCAUGGAUUUCUUCUUCUUUGGCGGCCAGCCAGUCUACGACUCGCUCUGCGACCUCGACUCUACCCCCUUCCCCAUGCAGGAAGUGACACCCGACGUCUACGGCAUCACAAGCAGCCCAUACACCUACACUUCGCCGCCUGAAUACCCCAUCUUCGAUCAGCGCAUGGUGCCUCAAAGCGCCCCCAGCAGCUGUGGGAGCAGCUACAGCAGCAGCUUCAACUUCCCUGCCGAAGAUCUCUCAUUGCCCCCAUACCCUAUGACCAGAUGCGACUCGGGAUGCGACUCGCCAGCUCCAACACCUUCGUCCUCAUCAAAGCCUGUUAAGCCUUUCGCAUGCGACGACUGUGGUAAAGGGUUCACCCGCUGCGCCGACCUCAAGCGCCACCAGACCAGUGUCCACUACCCGGUUUUCCGCAACUGCCCCGUUGACCACUGCUCGCGGAAGGGUAGCAAUGGUUUCCCUCGACAAGAUCACCUCGUCGAGCACCUGCGCUCAUACCAUCACAUGGAUCUGCCGAAGCGAAACGGCAAGCGAUCCGCCAAGCACAUCUCAUGA